AUGUCAAAGAACAAGAGCAGUGAGUCAGUUAAGGUUGUUGUACGAUGCCGACCUCUGAACCGGAAAGAGGAGUCCAACGGUCCUUCCGGCGGAAUCGUACAGAUGGACCUGCGAUUGGGACAGGUGAUCCUCAGGAAUCCUCGAGCUUCGCACAGCGAACCCCAGAAAACGUUUACAUUCGACGCUGUUUACGAUGCCAAUUCCAAACAACGAGAUCUGUACGACGAGAGCGUUAGGCCUCUGAUAGAUUCAGUGCUAGCCGGGUUCAAUGGUACAAUUUUUGCUUAUGGACAGACUGGGACCGGCAAGACGUACACCAUGCAGGGGAUGUGGUUGGACCCAGAGAAACGUGGAGUGAUACCCAACGCCUUUGACCACAUCUUUACGCAUAUCUCACGCUCGCAGUCUGAUAAGCAGUACCUGGUAAGGGCGUCUUAUCUCGAGAUCUAUCGUGAGGAGAUCCGGGAUCUCCUGGAUCCCAACCAUGCCAAUGCCCGGGGACUCGAGCUCAGAGAGAGUCCAGAGACCGGCGUCUAUGUGCCGGACCUCACUUCUUGCGUCUGCAAGAGCAUCAAGGAGAUCGAGGAGGUGAUGAAUGUUGGCAACCAAGCGAGGGCAGUUGCAGGCACAGACAUGAAUGAAUAUUCGUCCAGGUCCCAUGCCUUAUUCCUGAUCACCGUCGAGUGUGGCCAACCUGGUCCAGAUGGUAGAAAGCACAUCAGGGUCGGUCGCCUCAACCUUGUGGAUCUGGCCGGCAGCGAGCGGCAGGCCAAGACAGGCGUCCAGGGGGAACGCCUUAAGGAAGCAGCGAAGAUAAACCUUUCUCUGUCCGCGCUAGGGAACGUGAUAUCUUCACUUGCGGACGGGCGCAGUGGCCACGUGCCAUACAGGGACUCAAAGCUGACACGCCUUUUGCAGGACUCACUGGGCGGGAACGCCAAGACUGUCAUGGUCGCCACUUUAGGCCCUGCACCCCAGCACUACGACGAAACCCUCACAACGCUUCGCUAUGCCAACCGAGCUAAGAACAUCCAAAACCAGCCUCGAGUCAAUGAGGACCCCAAAGACGCUCUCCUCCGAGAGUUCCAGAGGGAGAUCGCUCGGCUCAGGGCCCAGCUCAACCACAGGAAGUGGAGGAGCAAGCAGAAGAAGGAGCGACAGGAAGACGAAGGAUCAGAUCGAGAUGGGGAUGAAGACACUGAAUGUGAGGAUGGGGAGGAGGAGGUGGAAAAGGAGGCUGAGGAGUACAUGAAGCAAGAGGAGCAGCGUCUGGAGAGGGAGACGGAAGCCAUUAGAGGUGAUCGAUCACUCUUGGCUGAUGAGAAGCAGAGACUUCUUGGUGAGAAGGAGAGAAUGAUGGGGGAUCUUCGGAAGGAGCAGGAAGCCACUGAGCAACUUACUGCCAAGUACAAGGCAAUGGAGAGCAAGCUGCUGGUUGGUGGAAAGAACAUAAUAGAUCACACCAAUGAGCAGCAGAAGAUGCUGGAAGUGAAAAGACAGGAGAUUGCAGAGCAGACGCGCAAUGAAAGGGAGAUGCAGCAGCAGAUGCUGAUCCAAGACGACGAGACGCUGGAGCUGAGGGAGACUUUUACUUCUCUGCAGCAAGAAGUGGAGGCCAAAACAAAGAAACUCAAGAAGUUAUACGCCAAGCUCCAGUGCAUUAAAGCGGAGAUCCAGGAUGUAAAUGACGAGCACGUGAGGAGCCGUCAGGAGCUGGAGCAAACACAGAAUGAGCUCACGAGAGAGCUCAAGUUCAAGUAUUUAAUCAUCGAGAACUUCAUUCCUCCAGAGGAGAAAAAUAAGAUCAUGAGCAGGAUGACUUUUGACCCUGAAGAGGAUCAGUGGAAGUUCCAGCCUCUCGUUCCCGCUGAGAGUAAACCGUUGCAGAUGAAGAAACGGCCAACAUCUGCAGUGGGAUAUAAACGACCAAUCAGCCAAUAUGCAAGGGUUGCCAUAACGAUGGGGGCUAAUAACAGAUUCAGGGCUGAGAACAUAAUGUUUCUGGAGCUGGACAUGAGCCCCCCAAACACUGCCUCACUGGGUCGCUUAAGGGAUGUAGACCUAAACCAAAGCUCUUCUGUGGACAACUCUCCUACCACCGACACAGGUGUUCACAAGUCACGCUCUUGGUGUCAAAGCCAAAAGUCUCUCUCGUCCUCCACUUCUAAUGUUUCCCUGUCGGCUUGUACUACAGCCGUGCCUGCAUCGGCGCAGUGA